CAUGUGAGAGCGGCGGAGCCUGGUAAACACUCCCCGGGGCAGGGAGAUGGCUCCCGGCGGGCCCCGCUAGCCCCGGCCGCCGCGCGUCCCGCCGGACUCCGCCUCGCCUUCUGCCGCCUCGGGGGCUGGCGGCGCGGGGCGUCGGGCAGCGCUGGGGGCAUCGGCUCCGCUCUGCGUCCCUCUCGGCGCCCCUCUGAGCGAGGUCGGCGGCCCGGCGGGCGGGGAGGCUGGCGUCUGUUCCGCGGGAUUUGAAAAUCCUGCCCCACUGAGCCAAACAAAGAGCGGGGGAAGCGCCCGGCUACCCCUCCCCUUCUCCCUCGCACGCCGCAGAAGCGCACCCGGGGAGCGGACCCCUCUUCCAGCCGUCUGCCCUAGACCUGCCUGCCCACCCCGCGGCUGGCCCAGCGAGUGGCCGGGCGCGCACCAUGUGGAUCCAGGUCCGCACCAUAGACGGCACCGAGACCCAGACCAUCGACGACCUGAGCCGCCUCACCAAGAUCGAGUGCCUGCGGGAGAAGAUCCAGGAGACCUUCCGCGUGAGCCCCGACCGCCAGCGCCUCUUCUACCGGGGCAAGCAGCUAGAAGAUGGACACACGUUAUUUGACUACAAUGUUGGACUAAAUGACAUUGUUCAGCUUUUGAUACGUUCUGGAUCUGAAGCUCCUACCGCCGCAUCUGUGACAAAUCGGGAUGGAGAAGUCAGUCCCCGUGCUGUUUCCAACUGCAAGAACAAAGUUAAAAAAACAAAUAGUGGAUCACCCAGCCAGCCAUCUACAUCAUCUCGCUCAUUUCUUAUUGAUCCUGGCAUUGGAUUGUACAAGAUAAAUGAAUUGGUGGAUGCCCGUGAUGUCAGCAUUGGAGCCUGGUUUGAAGCUCAUAUAGAAAAUGUUACUCGAGUGACAAAGGGACGUAAGAAUGGUAAAGCUCAAGGAAAGAGUGGUAACACUUACAAAAGGACUAAUGGAAACUUAAGUCAAGAUCAUUCUAGAGCAAAUGCAAAUAAUUUGGACAGUGCUCCAUCCACAUCUUACUCAGACUGUAUGGACACUGAUGAAGAAGCUAUUUAUCAUAUCAAGUACGAUGAGUACCCAGAGAAUGGCAUCAUAGAAAUGGACACCACUAAUCUUCGACCCCGAGCAAGAACCAUUCUGAAGUGGAGCGAACUGAAAGUGGGUGAUGUAGUGAUGGUUAACUACAAUGUUGAGACUCCAGAAGAAAGAGGAUUUUGGUUUGAUGCAGAAAUUACCUCUUUGAGAGAAAUCUCAAGGACUAACAAAGAGGUUCAUGCUAAAAUUCUUCUGGGAGGCCCAGAAGACACAAUAAAUGAUUGUAAAAUCCUUUUUAUAGAGGAAAUGUACAAGAUUGAAAAGCCAGGAGCCUAUCCAUUGACAUUUGGGGAUGGAGAUUUCAAAAGAAAAAGUGGCCCUGAAUGCAAGCACUGUAGGGCUGAUCCAGAUAAGGAGUGCCGUUUUUGUUCAUGUUAUUUGUGUGGUGGAAAACAGGAUGCUCACAUGCAACUCCUGUGUGAUGAAUGUAAUAUGGCUUAUCAUAUAUACUGCCUGAACCCUCCCUUAAGCAAGAUACCAGAAGAUGAGGACUGGUAUUGUCCUUCCUGCAAAAAUGAUUCUAAUGAAGUUGUAAAGGCUGGAGAAAAGCUCAAACAGAGUAAAAAGAAGGCGAAGAUGCCAUCUGCCAGUACUGAAAGCCAGAGAGACUGGGGCAAGGGCAUGGCCUGUGUUGGUCGAACUAAGGAAUGCACUAUUGUUCCUUCAAAUCAUUAUGGACCUAUACCUGGUGUUCCUGUUGGGACAACCUGGAAAUUCAGAGUUCAGGUGAGUGAAGCAGGUGUUCACAGACCACAUGUGGGUGGAAUCCAUGGACGCAGUAAUGAUGGAGCUUAUUCACUUGUAUUAGCUGGAGGAUUUGAAGAUGAAGUGGAUCGAGGAGAUGAAUUCACUUACACUGGGAGUGGAGGUAGAGAUCUUUCUGGCAAUAAAAGGAUUGGAGAACAUUCAUUUGAUCAGACAUUAACACACAUGAAUAGGGCAUUGGCCCUUAACUGUGAUGCCCCAUUGGAUGACAAAAAUGGAGCAGAGUCUAAGAAUUGGAGAGCUGGUAAGCCAGUCAGAGUAGUGCGCAGCUCGAAAGGACGGCGAAUCAGCAAAUAUGCCCCAGAGGAAGGCAACAGAUAUGAUGGCAUUUACAAGGUGGUGAAAUAUUGGCCAGAAAUUGGAAAGUGUGGGUUUUUAGUUUGGCGCUAUCUUCUGAGAAGAGAUGACAUUGAGCCUGCACCUUGGACUUCAGAAGGAAUGGAGCGGUCAAAGAAGCUGGGUCUGAGCGUACAGUAUCCAGAAGGUUAUUUGGAAGCCAUGGCUAGUAAGGAGAAGAAAGACAGGGUUAAAAAGCAAACGGUGAAACAGGAGCCAACCAGCCAGAGUAACGGAAAUCAGAAAAGGACAAUUGAUGAUGCAGGUAUAGAGGAACCUACGAAUACACCUAAAGCCAUGAGGAUGGGAGAUGGAGGGAAAGGAGAGGCUUUCCAGCUGACCCAAGAGCAGCAAUGGCUCAUUAGAGAAGACUGUAUGAACCAGAAACUGUGGGAUGAAGUACUAGCUUCUCUUAAGGAAGGACCAAAUUUUCUGAAGAAACUGGAACAGUCCUUUAUGUGUGUCUGCUGCCAGGAGCUGGUUUACCAGCCAGUGACAACAGAGUGCCUCCACAACGUCUGUAAAAGUUGUUUACAGCGCUCCUUCAGAGCUGAAGUCUUCAGCUGCCCUGCCUGCCGCUAUGACCUGGGAAAGGGCUACACCAUGGUUCCCAACAAGAUCCUGCAGACACUGCUGGACCAGUUCUUCCCUGGUUACAGUAAAGGACGAUGAUGUGCUUGGCUCCUUCCGUACUUCUCCCAGUGACUUUAUAGACAGUAAAGGAGAAUGAGCAUGGGAAGUUCAACAGCGGACCAGCCAGCUUGAUGGGACUCAAUACAUGUCACAUUCUGAAGCCGCUAACCCUCUUCCCCUCAUAGCCAUCUUUUUUGGUGUAGCGAGAACUCCAAUUCUCAGCGUUUAACAUCAAGGGUAGUUUUGGCCAGUAACAAGUAGUUUUUAAAGGAAAAGAAAAAAGAAAAAGAAAAAGAAAGAAAAAGAAGAAUAGAAAAGCCUCAGCUCUUACUGGCCUCGCUGAUACUUAAUUUAUGAUUUUUUUUUUUUUGUAACUACCUCAGGAUAGAGGAAAAUAAAUUAUGGGGAUGAAAAACAGUUAGUGAAGUUUUAGCUACACACUGCCUCCUGAAUAUUAGGUUGUGCCUGGUCCAUAUGGUUUGAUUUACAAAAAAAAACCCACAAAAAACAACAAACAGAACAAAAAAAACCAAACCAAAUCAAAACCCCACAAAAAAACAGCAAGAAAAAAACCCGGAAAAAGCACUUAAGCCAGUUGGAUUAAGGAACAGCAAAUUCUGUGGUGUGCAUAAUCCUUUUUUUGUCUUUUUCUUCUAUUAUGCUGUAUUUUUUUGCAAGAACAGGCUGAUUUUUAGUCUAUUUUUGUGAGCUUCAUUGUGCUUUUCUUGUAUCUUAUGCAAGUUGACUACUAAUGACUAAUGAGAACAAUAUGAAUGCAUUGUUGCUGCAUUAGUGUAAAGUGAUCUGUGUUUUUUGCACUUAAAGAGGGUAUUCAAGACACUCUAGUUGUGUAAAAAAUAUUUCAUAUAAAAAAGCCACUUCUGUAUUAGUUAAACUGUAUGCUUUUAGUAGGUCUUGUAUCAGUGGCAAUACAUCUACACAGCAUUGAAGGCAGUGCUAGCUUGGAGAGGGUUCAAAUUGCUUCAUAUUGUGAUCUGAGAUUUUAUAUACAAUAUAUCCCCCCUCAAAAUAUACCUUAUUAAAUAUUUUAUGAUUCAGAAAAGUUGCUAAUUUUGUUUUUACUGCUAGCUACAUAUUUAAAUAAUAACUUUUUCUUCUUUUUUUUUUCUCAGAUUACUAAAUGCUUUCUUUAGGUGGGCUUUGUAUUUUUAGUUAGUGCUGGAUCCAUGUCCUGGAGUCAGAGGGGACCCUUCCUGCCCUGCAGGCAGCUGGGUGCAGCUGGGAGCUGCGGGUGCCCCACGCAGCAGCAAUUAGUCAGAGAUGGUCAGCACAGGCAUGGGGCAGCACUGACAGCCUGUAGCCUGCCAAGUAGCCCACAGAAGUAUAUAUGGAAGUAUAUAUGUAAUUCUCAGUAAUCUAAGAUCUUGCCCUUACUAUGGUGUGGUAAUGAACCAGUCGUUGAGGUGCACGCAGCAGUGCAGGUUUUUUUGGGUGACAGUUUGAUGGCUUAAUGGCUUAUUCGCUUCAUCCAAAGUAAUUAACCUCUCUCUCUCCACUCUCCCCCAUAUUCUGCUUAGGAUUUAAUUUGCAUCCAAAAUAUAUAAUGCUGGUACUAUCUCUCCAGUCUUAUUAAAAAAAAAACAGUUGUUACAGAGCAUUUGUAAAAGAUUUAACUCCUCAGCUUUUUCUGUGCUCGUUAGAAUGAAGGUUCAGCCUUUUUUUGUUAGGUGAAUCAGUGUUAGUGUUAAGUAUACAGUUUAAAAGAGCUGUAGACAGAUUUUUUUUAGAAAAUUUUAGGUCAGUAUUUCAUGGGGAAAACAGAUGUAAUUUAACUUCUGUAACAAUCACUGCAUUUGUGCAGCAAGCACAUAAGACUUGUGACUUUAUAGCCAAGUGCUGUGAAACAUGUUAGACGUUUUAAUGCCUUUUUCUGUGGGAUAGCUUUUAGCAAUUAAUUGAUGAGAUAAAUUUGUCAGUCUGAGGUCAGCAACGGGAUGGUCUCUGCUUAAUACAAAAAUAUGCACAUCAGUUUUUUAAUAUAUCUUUUCAGUGACAGUCACAAUCAAGCAACACGAACCUGCCUUUAGCAGACAUUGAAGUAGCUUGACCUGACUUUGUGGACCUAAGCUGGCAACACAGAAAGACUGUCCUUUCCUCACAAGUUUGGAGUGUUUUUUCAUGGUUUUUUAUAUCCUUAGUGCUGUGUCUGUAGCUACUGAAAGACGCCCUUUCCAAUAGUAAAUUCUAGAGCAUAAAAUUUAUUUUCUUCACUAUGUAUUUAGACCAUUUAGGACCUCGAUGCAGCUUUGCCCAUCAAAAUUGCUUUCUGGGCUAACCUUCUUUUAAUGAAAUCCAUUCCUGUCUCCUGUCACCUGCAGUCUCUUUGUGUAGUUAAAGGCCCCACUGAAGUUAUAAGGUAGGUAAUGAAGAAGCUGCAGUCCCAAAACUUUUCACUAUAAAGGACACAGAAGCACAGUACGUAAAAUAGUGUGAACACUAGCCUCUUUUGUGGCACUUCAGAGAAAGCUCCCUGGCAUGAGUGUGCACAUAGACCUUGAAGAAGAGGUUAAGUAAUUGCUGGUCAUAAGGUGCAAAACUCUGCAGUCCUUUCCCCAGUCUGAACAUUACCCUGUUACCUGCUUCCUCAUUCACCAAAGUCCUGCUUCAUGUGGCUGCAUGAAUUUUUCUCUACAGAGGUGCUCACUUGUAGCAAACACAAAUGAAUCUGCACAGAUCCCCUCUCAGGUUCCUUUCAAAUGUUCUCAUAACAUGCACGGUCUGUCUGUGUGACUGGUGAGAGGAUUACUUUUAUAUAAUUUGACUGGGAACAGAUUAGAAGAGGCUCCUGUUUAAGGUCUGCUUUCUGGCUGCUGAGUAAUUAAUUGCAUGUGGCAUUGUGUGUGUCGCAGUAGGGCUCUUGUCCUGAGGUGUUGUUGGUAUGGUCGGAGGGCCAGAGGUAGAGCUGUGAAUCAGUUUUUACACAAGCUGUAGACUUGGAUGACAAAACAAAGCAGUUUGAGUGCACUGUAUAAACCAAAGCCAGUAUCUAACAUUGAGAGAUUUGAGAAAAUGCGGAAAGAGAAUACUUUGUUAGAUGAGAUCCAACUCAUAAUUAGCAGCUCACAGUCUGUUAGAAAAGGUAUUUCAUGCCUUCUCCAGAAUAAGAAGAGGGGAUUAGAUGAAACUACAAGGAAAAAUUUAUGUCAAAUAGAAAAAUGGUUGUUUGUUACUGCUCAGUAAAACUGAUCAUUCUAGCUCAUUAAAAAAUCAGAUUUAUUUCAGUA